AUGAAAGGUUGUGUGAGAAGUGAUAGGGGGAUGCAGGAGUUCAAUGAGUUUUUGAAUAAUCUUGAAUUAGUUGAUGUUCCUAUGUUUGGAAGGAAAUAUACAUGGACUAGUUCGCAGUCAGGAGAUAAGAGGGAUUGGGGUCCAAAGCCAUUCAAAGUUUUAAAUGCUUGGGUGGUACAUCCCAACUUUAUUAAAGAAGUUAAACAAGUUUGGGAUAGUUCACAAGUGGUGGGGUGGGCUGGCUUUAGAAUAAUGGUCAAACUGAGAUUACUUAAACAUGCAUUGAGGAUUUGGAAUGUGGAGGUAUUUGGUCAUGUAGAGUCCAAGCUCAAAGUAUCUAAAGCAGAGUUACAUUCUUGGGAUUUAACUACUGAAGGAAGAGAUCUACUAGAAGCUAAAGUUCAAAAAAGAAUUGAAGUCAGAGAUGAAGAACCUGUGGAGAUGAAAAAGGCUAUGUGGGCUCACUUUAAAGAGUUGUUCACAAAAGGUUGGAAAAUUAGACCAGGACUAGGGGGUGAGUUUACAUGCAUUGAUCAAUGUCAGCUACAAAAUUGUUUGGUGAAGGAUUUUUUAGAAGCAAAGGUUUGGGUUACAAUCAAGGAAUGUGAUGGAAAUAAAGCUCCAGGUCCAUAUGUGUUUAACUUGACUUGCAUUCAAAAGGGCUGGAAGUUCAUGAAGGGUGAUAUUAUGGAAUUCAUGAAAGAGUUCCAUGAUAAUGGUGUUUUGGGUAAUGGAAUUAAUUGCUCUUUUCUGACCCUAGUUCCCAAAGUUGAUUGUCCUGAAUCAAUUAAAGAUUUUAGACCUAUCAGUCUUAUUAGUUUCUUCUAUAAAGUGUUGUCCAAAGUGCUGGCCCGCAUAAUUAAACUAGUAGUGCCAAGAAUUAUUGAUAGAGUUCAAUCAGCUUUCCUAAGUGGGAGGAAUAUUUUGGAUGGAGUUCUUAUAGCAAAUGAGGUUGUGAACUACUGGAAGAAAACUAAUAGGAAUGGGCUAAUCCUUAAGCUUGAUUUUGAAAACUCUUAUGACACUGUAAACUGGAACUUUCUCAUUCAAAUGUUGGAGAAUUUUGGAUUUGGUACUACUUGGACCAAGUGA